AGGCUUUCCGAUUGUUAAUCCAAUUGGAAUUCUUCCCUUGGAUGUUCCACGGCUCGGCUGAAUUGUUAUUUCUUUCAUUUAUUUGCAUAUUAUUUUCAUUGGCUUUUUUUUAAUCCAGUCGGCUCGUUGCAUGCAGGCUUUUGCUACGUUUAAAACUUAUCUGAUCUUUUGGGUCUUUCAUCCUGUUUGCCGGGGCCUGUCUUUCGGUGCUGCUUUUGAAGUUAAGGUGGCUCCUUUGUCUUGGAACUUUGGAAUGAAGUUAAUCCUGAAGAGCAGGCUGCACAGUGCCAGCGGAGUUCGGAGCUGUUCCCCCAUACGACUAGGCUUCCCUGGCUGUGAAGACAAGGCCGAGGACAAGGAGCAGGCCGGCCAGCGGGAGAAGCUGGUGAAAGUGAAGAAGCACAAGAAGAGGGAUGAGCGCGAGGAGGAAGGGGAGGACAAGGUGCGGGAGCCGCCGGCGGAGGCUCUGCUGCCCGAGCCUGCCGACGGCGCCAACGCCGAGACCGCCGAGCGGGAGGGGGCGGUGGCGGCCACCCCCAAGCCCCGCCGCUCGCUGAUUCGGGACCGGGGGCCCCUGUACGAAGACCCCACGCUGCCCGAGGGGUGGACCCGCAAACUGAAGCAGAGGAAGUCGGGCCGGUCGGCGGGAAAGUACGACGUCUACAUCAUCAACCCGCAAGGGAAGGCGUUCCGUUCCAAGGUGGAGCUGCUGGCGCACUUCGAGAAGGUGGGCGACACCACCCUGGACCCCAGCGACUUUGACUUCACCGUCACGGGUCGUGGCAGCCCGUCGCGGAGGGAGAAGAGGCAGCCCAAGAAGCCCAAGAGCCCCAAGGCCUCGGGCACGGGGAGAGGUCGGGGCAGGCCCAAGGGCAGCGGCAAGGACAAGAUGGUGCGCAAGGGCAGCGUGUCCAAGAGGCUGUCGGCCAAGAGCGCGGCCAAGCUCCUGGUCAAGAUGCCCUUCUCCGCCCCGCUGCUGCCGCCGCCGAAAACUGAGGGCGCCACCUCCUCCGCUUUGGGGGAGCAGCCCCCCAAAGCGCGCAAGGGGGUCCCGGGCAGGAAGAGGAAGUCUGACACCAAACCGCAGACGGUCCCCAAGAAGAGGGGCAGAAAGCCGGGCGGUGGCGGUGGUGGCGGCGGCGGCGGCAGUGGUGGUGGCUUGGGCGGCGGCGGCGGAGGAGGAGGAGGAGGAGGAAUCGGCGGUGGCAACGCCGUGCCAGCGCCGAAGAAGAAGGCGGUGAAGGAGUUGGCGGUCAGGCCGGAGGAGGUCACCCUGCUGCCCCUCAAGAAGCGCAACCUGGGCGAGGAGAGCUCGCCGCUGAAGAAGCGGAAAAGCAGCCGCAUAUUCGACGAGGACGCUGGCGUGCCGCCGGUGCUGGGCAGGACGGCGCCGGCCGCGGCGGAGGGCGGCGGUGCGGGGCCGGAGCUGUCGCUGCCGCUGCCGCCGCCGCCGCCGCCAUCGUCGGCAGUAGACGGGGGCGAGAGGAGCGGCAGGGGACAGAGGGGCGCCCGGGACAGCAGCCCCAAGGGCCGGGGUCCCGCCGCCGCCGCCCUCAAGAAGGAGCCGCCCCGCCCGGCCGAGGCCAAAGAACCGGGACCCGCGGAGGCGUCGGCACAGGAGGCCGAGGGCUCCCGAGAGAGGGGAGGGGGCUGCUGCCCCCCCCCGGAACCCAGAGACUUGAGCGGCCGGCCGUGCGCGGAGGACAAGGACAAGCUUCCCCGCGGCCGUGCCGACCCCGACCUGCUCCCCACAAAGACUGAGAUCCCCGACAAGGGCCGCCCCGUCAUCUCCGCCGCGCCGCGCCCUGCCCGGGAGGAAGCGGCCGACAGCCGGGCAGCCGUGUCCGAGAGGGUUAGCUGACUCUGGACGGGCGAGCGCCGGGGAUAGGAACUCGACAAAACAAACAAACAAACAAACAAACGACAAACAAACAAACAAA